CAUGGUGUGCAAGCGAUCGGGGAGAGACAGAGAGAGCACAAUGAUGGAAUACUGAGCAAGCGGGAGAGAGAGAAGAGAGAGAGAGAGAGAGAGAGGAGACAGGUUUCAGGAGGGAAGGAGAGAGAGAUGCAGCUGGCUGAACAGACAAAAGGAAUGAUCUAAGAGCGCCACUUGCUAAGGAUUGUUUUCCGGCCUCGGUUUCUGACAGAUCAGCAUCCUCAAGCCCUGGGAUAACAUUUAUUUUAUUUUAUUUUUGGAUGGGGCUCCAUAUAAUGUCACCGCCAAUUAAAGAGCUGGCCUGUUUCUCUCCUGUACUGUGUCAGUGCAAGGUGGUAUGUACCAACAAGACUCUGUCCCUCAUGUUCGGCUGUAAGAAAUAUCGGUACCAAGAUGAAGACACCCCACCCCUGGAGCCCAGCCCAUCGCACCUACCCAAUCAGAUGAAGGGACCUGAGCUGGUCCAUGUGUCGGAGAAGAACCUGUCACAGAUUGAGAACGUCCAUGGCUAUGUGUCCCACUCGCACAUCUCACCGAUGAAGCAGAUGGAUCCCACCGAGCUGUGCAUCCCGGCCAACUCGCCGCCAGUGAUUGUCAACACUGAUACCCUGGACGCCCCGUCUUACAUCAACAGUACGGAUGGAGAGAUCGAGUACGAGGAGAUCACACUGGAGAGAGGGAACUCCGGCCUUGGCUUCAGCAUUGCCGGCGGGACUGACAACCCGCACAUUGGCGAUGACCCCAGCAUCUUCAUCACCAAAAUAAUCGCCGGUGGGGCCGCGGCUCAGGAUGGCAGGCUCAGGGUGAACGACAGCAUCCUGUUUGUGAAUGACGUGGAUGUACGGGAGGUGACACACAGCACAGCGGUGGAGGCGUUGAAGGAUGCCGGCUCCAUCGUGAGGCUCUACGUCAUGCGCAGGAAGCCCAGCGCAGAGAAGAUCAUGGAGAUCAAACUCAUCAAAGGGCCAAAAGGGCUGGGAUUCAGCAUUGCUGGGGGAAUCGGCAACCAACACAUCCCCGGAGACAACAGUAUCUACGUCACGAAGAUCAUCGAGGGUGGAGCUGCCCACAAGGAUUGCCGUCUACAGAUAGGAGACAAGAUCCUGGCGGUCAACAACGUGGGGCUGGAAGAUGUGAUGCACGAGGAUGCAGUGGCUGCCCUGAAGAACACGUCAGACAUUGUGUACCUCAAGAUCGCCAAACCCACCAGCCUCUACAUCAACGAUACCUAUGCCCCUCCAGACAUCACCUCCUCAUACUCGCAGGCCCUGGACGCUGAGCUCGGACAUUCCAACUACCUGGGCACAGACUACCAGACCCUCACCCCCUCCUCUCCUCACCGCUAUUCACCAGUGCCCAAAGGGCUAAUGGGAGAAGACGACAUUCCCCGAGAGCCUCGCAGAGUGAUGAUCCACCGCGGGUCGACCGGUCUGGGUUUCAACAUCGUGGGCGGCGAAGAUGGGGAAGGAAUCUUCAUCUCCUUCAUCCUGGCUGGAGGCCCAGCGGAUCUGAGUGGCGAGCUGAGGAAGGGCGACCAGAUACUCUCGGUGAAUGGCGUGGACCUACGGAACGCCACGCACGAACAGGCAGCCGCCGCGCUCAAGAACGCCGGGCAAACGGUCACCAUCAUCGCCCAGUACAAGCCAGAGGAGUACAGCCGCUUCGAGGCCAAGAUCCACGACCUGCGUGAACAGCUGAUGAACAGCAGCAUCGGCUCCGGCAACAGCUCACUGCGCAGUAAACCAAAACGGGUCUUCUACAUCAGGGCUCUGUUUGACUACGACAAGACGAAGGACUGUGGCUUCCUGAGCCAGGCUCUCAGCUUCCACUUUGGGGACAUCCUGCAUGUUAUCGAUGCCUCUGAUGAGGAGUGGUGGCAGGCCCGCAAGGUGCACUCUGACGGAGAGAGCGAGGAGAUCGGAUUCAUCCCCAGCAAGCACAGGAUUGAGCGCAAGGAGUGGCCGAGACUAAAGGGCAAGGGUCGUGACGACCGGGUGUUGAGCUAUGAGGCCGUUCUCCAGAUGGAAGUGCACUAUGCUCGUCCCAUCAUUAUCCUGGGCCCUACCAAGGACAGAGUGAACGAUGAUCUCCUCUCCGAGUUCCCCGACAAGUUUGGAUCGUGCGUUCCACACACGACCCGGACGAAGCGUGAGUACGAGGUGGAUGGACGGGAUUACCACUUUGUGGCCUCCCGCGAACAGAUGGAGAAAGACAUCCAGAGCCACAGGUUCAUCGAGGCCGGCCAGUACAACACACACCUGUACGGGACCAGCGUGCAGUCUGUACGUGAGGUGGCAGAGCAGGGCAAACACUGUAUCCUGGAUGUGUCGGCCAAUGCGGUUCGGAGGUUGCAGGCCGCUCACCUUCACCCCAUCGCCAUCUUCAUCAGACCCAAGUCGCUGGAGAACAUCCUAGAGAUUAACAAAAGGCUGACGGAGGAACAGGCCCGCAAGGCCUUCGAGAGGGCGGUGAAACUGCAGCAGGAGUUCACCGAGUGUUUCUCAGCUGUGGGGAGGGGCGACAGUUUUGAGGAGAUCUAACUCUCAUGCGAGGUACACUCUGGGCCGUACCCCUGGGUCCCCUCCCGGGAGAGACUGUAGGACA